AUGCAAGAUGCAAGAACAGAAAACAGUUACUGGCUUAUCCACCGUUUAUAUUCUUCUCGUUUCAGGAAAGAUGAGGCCCCGCCUGAAUCUAAUGUAUCGUAUUUUCAAAUUUUCCGCUACGCUACUUGGUGUGAACUAUUCGCUACAAUUAUUGGUGUGAUCGCUGGUUUAUUAAGCGGUGGAGGUGUUUGCUACAAUCUGGUACAGUUUGGAGAGCUGAGCACAUCAUUUGUUGAGAGAACAGCUUACCAGGAGCAAUGUUCAAGCUAUCUGCCAGUAACAUCGCUGUUCGGUGGUGGAAGACGACUAUGUAAUGCAACUUAUGAAGAAAAUAUGAAAGCUCUCGUUGAGGAUGGUGAAUCUAUGGCCAUUGGCAUGUUCAUAAGCAUUGGCAUUUCUUUAAUCCUCUGUAUGGCAUCCGUUGGCCUGAUAAGCUGGAGUGCAAUGAGACAGAUUACUAGAAUCCGUUUACUAUUCCUGGAGGCGGUAAUGCGUCAGGAUAUGGCAUGGUUCGACACAGAUUCCGAGUUCAACUUGGCGUCGAAAAUGUCUGAGAAUAUGAUGAAAUUAAAAGAAGGUAUGGGUGACAAGCUGAGCGUUGUAUCAAAUUUGGUGGGAACAGCUGUUAUUUGCCUUUGCAUAGCAUUCCCGAUGGGUUGGGAGCUAACACUGGCCUGCGUUACCGUCGUGCCAUUCUCUAUAGCAGCCUCCGUUAUAUUAUCAAAUUAUCAAACAAAGUCUUCCAUUCGUGAAAUGGAAUCCUACAGUCAAGCUGGGAAACAAGCUGAAGAAGUUCUGAAAUCUGUCAGAACUGUUGUUGCAUUUGGAGGAGAAACUAAAGAAGUUGACAGGUAUUGCAAGUUGUUAGAACCUGCAGAGCGUUAUGGCCGCAAGAGAGGUCUAUACACCGGUCUAGGAACAGGGUUUAAUUGGGUGCUGACAUAUUCUUUAAACGCAAUCGGUCUCACUUACGGCACACGACUUGUACUUGCUGAUUUCGACAAACCCACUGAUGAAAAGAAAUAUCUUGUCGGCGUCGUGUUCAGUAUUCUUUUCAGUGUAUACAUGGCAACUCAGUCCAUAACAUUUUGUGUACCCCAUGCUGAAGUGUUCGCUAACGCGCGUGGUGCUGCCGCUAGCAUAUUCAAGCUCCUGGACAGAGUUCCCACAAUUGAUGCUCUGGAUAAAGGAGGAGUGUCUCCUCGUCGAGUUAUUGGCGAGAUAACAUUAGAAGACGUCUACUUUAGCUAUCCUUCGAGGCCAAACGUUAAGGUAUUACAAGGAUUCUCCUUGCAUAUUAAAGCUGGUGAAUGUGUCGCUCUCGUGGGUUCAUCUGGAUGCGGGAAAUCCACAAUUUUACAGCUCUUGCAGCGGCUUUACGAACCCCAUCUUGGCACUGUAAAGCUCGAUGGCAAAAAUAUCAAAAAUUUAAAUCUUGGUUGGCUUCGAUCAUCGCUCGGUGUAGUUGGACAGGAGCCAGUUUUGUUCAGGGGAACAAUUUUCGACAACAUAGCUAUAGGUUGUCCUGAAGCUACAAGAGAGGAUGUACAGAGGGUUGCCGAAAUGGCCUACGCCCACGAUUUUAUUACCCAUCUACCACAUAGUUACGACACGGUGAUAGGUGAAAGAGGUGCUUCUCUAUCAGGAGGUCAAAAGCAGAGAAUAGCUAUCGCCCGAUCUUUACUUCGUGAACCAGCAGUCCUUCUACUUGAUGAAGCUACAUCAGCACUUGAUCCUCACUCCGAGAGGCAAGUACAAGCUGCCUUGGACCGGGCAAGUGAAGGAAGAACAACACUCAUGGUUUCACAUCGUUUAUCAACAAUAGUGAACGCUGAUCGUAUUAUUUGUAUGGACCAAGGCGCGAUCGUCGAACAAGGGACCCACGAAGAACUCAUGAAGACCAAAGGUUUUUAUUACAAGCUUGUGACCUCUGGCAAUGAAAACAAAGAACCAGACGUAAUCGAAACUUUGCCUGAAGAAGAGAACGAUGCAACAGAAGAAGGAGAAUUGACAAUUUCGAACCCAAUAUCUCGAGUGGAGGUUAAAAGACGGUCUACUCGGAGAAUAGCUAGACAUCAUUCUGUUAAAAGAGAUUCCCACGAUUGGAUGACACCUAGGGGUUCCAUCUCUUCAGUGAUGUCGACAGGUUUGCAAAGUUUCAUAUACAACAGUGAUUUUGAUGAUGAAGACGAAAAGGACGACGAAGACGAGGUUAAACCUGUAAGCGAUUGGCAAUUACUGAAGUUAAAUGGUCCAGAAUGGCCUUAUAUCGUUGUAGGAUCGAUUGCCGCGUUUGUACAAGGUUCCUGUUUUCCAGUUUUCGCUCUCAUUUUCGGUUACACGUCCGGUAUAUUCAUUUUACCAGACCGCAACGACAUAAUUUACUACGCAGAUUUUUAUUCUGGCAUGUUCCUCGUGGUAGCGGCAAUAGCUGGUAUAUCUAUGUUCCUUCAAAGUACAACAUUCACUCACGCAGGACUGAGAAUGACUAGUAGAUUAAGACAACAAUACUUUUCGGCGCUACUUAAACAAGAAAUUGGUUUCUUUGACAAAGAAUCGAAUACCGUGGGAGCCAUGUGUGCACGUCUGAGUGGUGAUGCAGCAGAGGUUCAAGGAGCAACUGGAUUGAGGAUAGGGCUCAUCCUUCAAGGCUGCAGCUCAGUAAUAGUUGGCUUCAUCAUGGCUAUCAUAUAUAACUGGAAGCUAACUUUAGUUGGCACAGCGUUCCUACCACUGAUGGUAGGUAGUAUAUGGCUAGAAGGUAUAAUUUCACAAAAGUCCCAAGCUGAUGAACGCGCCGCUAUGGAGUCUGCUACUGCAAUUGCAACUGAAGCAGUCAUAAGCAUCAAAACUGUGCAAAGCUUAGGUGUUGAACAUACAUUCCUAAAAAGAUUCCACGAAGCUUUAAUAGAAUCGUGUGCAGCUAUUUCGAAGAAAACCAGAUGGCGUGGGCUAGUAUUAGGUCUUGGUGUGUACGUGCCUUUUAUGUCGUACUGCAGUGCCACAGUAUAUGGUGCAGUUCUAGUAGCAUACGAAGGAUUAGAAUACAAAAUUGUUAUGCUUGUAAACGAAGCACUUAUGUAUGGAGCAUAUAUGUUAGGUCAGUCAUUAGUUUACGCACCAAGUUUCAACUCGGCCAAAGCUUGCGGUGCGAGAAUUUUAUCUAUAAUUAACAGAGAACCUAGAGUUAAAACUGAACCUGGAGUUAAGGAUAGAAAGGAAUGGGUAGCUACAGGAAAUUUCAGCAUCAAAGACGUUGAAUUCAGUUAUCCUACACGACCUCACCAGAGAAUACUCAAGGGCAUAGAUUUAAAGGUCGAAGCAGGAAAAACUAUAGCACUAGUCGGUUCAUCAGGAUGUGGCAAAUCUACUAUAUUACAACUCAUGCAAAGAUUCUAUGACCCGGAUACUGGCAACUUUGAAUUGGACGGGCGGGAUACUCGCAUGUGCCUCACCUUACCGAGACUCCGACGUCAACUGGGCGUUGUUCAACAAGAGCCCAUUCUGUUCGACAGGACCAUAGCCGAGAACAUCGCAUACGGCGACAACAACCGUAAAAUAAGCACUCACGAAAUCAUAGCUGCAGCUAAAGCAGCUAAUAUACACAGCUUUAUAGUAUCAUUACCUAAAGGUUAUGAUACCAACUUAGGUUCAAGUGGAGCCCAACUAUCGGGAGGACAGAAACAACGCGUUUGCAUCGCAAGAGCACUCAUUAGAUCACCUCGGCUAUUGCUAUUGGAUGAAGCGACAUCAGCUUUGGAUGCUAACAGUGAAAGAGUGGUGGCAGAAGCCUUAGAAAAAGCUGCCAAGGGUAGAACCUGCAUCACUAUAGCACAUCGCCUCUCCACUAUCAAAGAUGCAGAUCUAAUUUGCGUGUUAGAUAAAGGCAAAAUCGUCGAAAGGGGUACGCAUACAGAAUUAGUCAAUGCAAAAGGCUAUUAUUGGAAAAUGUGCAAGGGUCAGAACAUGGCGUAG